CCUGUUAUGUAGCCCAGUCAGUGUGCCCCUGUUAUGUAGCCCCCACAGUAAUGCGGUGUGAUACGCAGGCCGCUCAGCAGCGUCUGUGAUACCGAGCCCCCAGAGUAAUGGGGUGUUUGUUGUUCCCCGCAGCUCUGGGAGGGAAGGCAGCGGUGCGACAGAACCAGGAUGAACUGGUCAGGAAGGGGCUGGCGAAAAUGGUCAAGGCAGACUCUGCACUGGCCUGCGGGACAAGCCCAGAGGAGCCCGGCACCCCCACCCAAGAGCAGUCCGACGGGGAGGAGAGAGAAGAGGAUCCCCUUGUUUCUCAGGUCAAUCUGAGGAACACGGAGGACCUGGGAUCUGAGGAAGACUCCUGUUCAGUGCGACAUUCCUCAGAGGAUGAUGAGGUUGCAGUGGAUCAAAGUGACAAUGUGGGUGAAGAAACGGAAAACGAAAAGGAUGGAACUCCAGCCGACUCCCCUGCCUGUAGCCUUAUUGGAGCGGUUGUGGACCAGGAGAGGGCAGUAGAAGGUGGAGAAGACCCACCCAAUGGAGAUCCCAGCCCCUCUGCACCACCGGCAGUGGCAGUCAAGCUGCUCACGCGGUUGGGAAGUCUGGAAGCUGUACCGGUAGACCCUGGAAAGACCUCGCCUUCCUCGAAGACCUCGAUCACGCCCAAAGAGACGCCAUGGGGCCCUGAAACAGUACGAAUACAGGGUUCCACACCAACAGGCUCACCCCACCUUGGUGUCCUGCAGCCACAACUGCCCCCUAGCUGCAUCAUCGAGGAAUUGCAUCGAGCCCUGGCAACCAAGCACCGGCAGGACAGUCUCCACGGCAAGGAAAUUCGUUCGUCGCCUAAACGCCGAUCAGACGGGCGCCUCUCCCGCACUUCCAGCACAGAGAAGGAAUCAGCCGGGGAUGCAGAGAGCAAGAAGGAGUCCGACGAGAACAAGGAGAACCUGCGGCUGGAUGAGUAUUACAGCGACACCUCUGGGCUGCUUCAUGACCAGGACAGCUGGAAUGAGUCUGUCAUCUCAGGAACGUUGCCGCGGAGGAUGAGGAAAGAGCUCCUGGCCAUCAAGCUAAGAAACCGACCCAGCAAGCAGGAGCUGGAAGAUCGUAAUAUCUUCCCCACGCGCAGCGACCAGGAGAGGCAAGAGAUUCGGCAGCAGAUUGAGAUGAAGCUCGCCAAGUGAGUCGGCAAGACUGCCCCAUUGUUACGCUCCUCUCUCAUCCUCAUCGCCACCAUGUGCACCUUCCCGUGUGGUUUCUCCUAGAGUCACCUCCUAUUGGCUCUUUCCUUUCAUUGAAGCAUUUCCUGCAUUUUGGCACUUUUUUUAUUUGCUGUUUGCUUGACUCUCCCCUUUGGACUUCAUUACCCUUGGAUUAGGUAUCAGUUGUCAUAGGAUCUGUCUUCCUGGUUCAACCUUUUUGUAACUCCUCAUAUUUGGUUUUUUGCUCUCAUUGGCUCUUCUU